GGAGGAGGAGGAGGAGGAAGUAGAAAUAUGUGACAGAGGAGUGAAGGAGCAGAGUUGUUGUUACAGCUGCACCUCUGAGCUACAGACUCAGGAGAACAGCAGCAGCAGCAGCAGCAGCUGCUCACACUCACACACACACGCACAGAUUCACCGGGACCAGCACUGUGCUGUCUGUCCGUCCGUCUGUGGACUCGCCUCACGCAGACUCCUCCGAUGUUGUAGGAGCUGACGUGCUCAGUCGACCGGGACGAGGUCACAGCACGAGGACAACGCGUCCGACAACUGCGUGGGUGACACCAUGUCCGACAACCAGCCCGACAACCGCGUGGGUGACCAUGCCCCUCUCAUUCUGGAGACCCAGUUCUCCACAGAACUGCAUAUAUAUGAGCCAGGUGAUGAUGAUUACUGCCAGUUGCCAAGCCCCUCCACGCCCCAAUUUGAAGAAUCUACACCUCAGGAGGAUGUAGUGGACAGGCUGGUGGUGCCUCAGCAGGUGGUUUUAAGCACCCAAAGUUCAGCAGCACGAAAGUUCGGCACCAACCAGCUUAUCCCCAAGAAUUUAGCUUCAUCUGGGCGGCCUAAAGUCCGCCACCACACAACGGUGGUUACGUUUCCAGUGGGACUGGAGCACUCGAGCACUGAGAGCCGGAGCCGACACUCAGCCCAGGGGGUGGAUGUUUCCUGGGAGGAUUACGACAGUGAUGGAGAUGGUUUUUCUCUGAGGCGGAACCGCAGGAACAAGUCAUACAGAGCAGCUGUGACCAGCCUGGAUAUUGAUGCCAUCGCGUCAGGACGAGAGGCUGUGUCCACACUGAAACCUGUCAGAGAGGACAGAGCGCCCAGUCCUGGUCCAGCUCGCAGCCCUGGACGCAAGCGAACCCUGGGGAGAAAGAGGAACCACAAACGUGGAUCCUUCAAAGAUGCUACACCGCGGCUCUACCAGGAGAUCCGUGAGCGAGGGCUGCACUCCACCAACCAGGAUGAGAUGCUGGAUGACUUUGUGGUGGUGGAGGCUCCUGUUGAAGACCAGGGCAUUGUGGUGAAGAACUACCGGCCGGCACAGCUCACCUGGAGCCAGUUACCUCAGGUGAAGGACACAGGAAUCCUGACACUAAUCACAGCUCAGGAGAGAAAGAGACAAGAGGCCAUUUUUGAGAUUAUCACCUCGGAGCAUUCGUAUCUGCACAGCCUGGGCAUUCUGGUGCGCCACUUCAAGAACAGCGAGGUGCUGAGGAAAACGAUGACCGCCACAGAGCACCAUCACCUCUUCUCCAACAUCUCUGACAUCCACAAAAUCAGCCAACGGUUUUUCGAGGACCUUGAGCGGCGUCACUAUGACAACCCAGUGAUUCGGGACAUUAGUGAUAUUGUUCAAAACCAUUCUACCCACCACUUUGAGCCCUACAUUGCCUACUGCUCCAAUGAGACCUUUCAGCAGAGGACGCUGCAGAAGCUGCUGACCAGCAACACUGCAUUCAAAGAGACUCUGAAGCAAAUUGAAAGCAGCAAUGAUUGUGGAGGCCUCCCCAUGAUCUCCUUCCUCAUCCUGCCCAUGCAGCGAGUAACCAGACUGCCUCUGCUGCUGGAUACAAUCUGCCAGAAAACUCCAGACAAGACAGCGGAGUACUUUGCUGCUGUUUGGGCGCUGCACGCCAUGAGCAAGUUGGUCACCAGCUGCAACGAUGGAGCAAGACGGAUGGAGAGGACGGAGCAGAUGUACACCAUCCAGAAACAAAUGGAUUUUGGCAAAAUCAAGCCGUUUCCCCUGGUGUCGUCAUCGCGGUGGCUGAAAAAGCGCGGGGAAUUGACCGUCUGCACUGAGGAGCUGAGCAUCUGGAGGGCGUUCAGCAACAGAAGCAACUACCUAUUUCUCUUCAACGACGUACUCAUUAUUACAAAGAAGAAGAGUGAGGAGAGCUUUGUGGUGAUGGACUAUGCAACACUGGAGAAUUUGGAGGUGGUAGUUGUGGAAGAAGCAGAAGGACGGAUGUCUCCGUCUGCAAAGAACAGCUACCAUCUUUCCUUCAAACUGCAAAUGAGCAAAAACAGUGAGGGGAGAUCAGAGCAAAUCUCCCUGGUGGCAGAGUCCAGGGUGGACCGGGCACGUUGGAUAGUCGCUCUAACAGAGCACAAAAAGACAGGCUUCACUUGUUCAGAUGGUCUGCCACAGUAUGAAGCCACCAAAGCCUACAUGCCAAAGGAAACGGAUGACCUUGGUUUGCAACAGGCCGAGCUUGUGAUCGUUCUACAUAAAGUGGAAGGCUUUUGCUUUGGGGAGAGAAUGCGAGAUGGAGAGAGAGGCUGGUUUCCAGCGAGCUGUGCCACAGAGAUCACCAACCCCACUGCCAUGGAGAACAACGUGCAGCGCAUGAAGCGCCUGCGCAAAGAGACCAAUGUUUGAGUGACCACUCUAUUGAAGCAGGAGUGGACAAAUGAGAACACCGUUCAGUAGAUCUGCAAUGCUCGCGUUCGGUUUCAGUUGAUACCUUGUUGCUGAUGAAUUACACUGGACAACUACUAGGAGGUACUAUACGGUUCUUCAUAUGUAAUGGACUGACUUUUUUUUAGGAAACAAAGCAUUCAGUGGCCAUUAACCCUGGCCUGGUGCUGCAAUGGUACAGGUUUUUGCCAGUUUUAUGUUCAGGCAGGUUAUGUACUGCAGUUCAUGUCAAAACAUCAUCCAGUUGAAUGAGAAGUUAUUAGUUAUAGUAAGAAUUUUAUUACAGGAGCCGUCACAGAUGAAGACCUUUCAAAUCUAGGAGCUUUGUGUCCAUGGAAAAACAAAUUAUUUCCUACUUUCAUGGAGUCAUUGGGGUUUUGGUAAACAGUUACCAAUCAAAUUGUAGUUCAUCGUACCAAAUGUCACCUUUGGUUGAUUAAUGUUUUUACAACACCAAGAUAAUGUUUAAGUAUAUCAAAUGCGAAUAGUCAUUGUUAACUCGUCUACUGACUGACUCAUUUCUUGUUUGAAAAUAAAGAGAAUCACCACUAGAGACA